GAGAGAGAGAGAGAGAAAUUAAAAAGCAAGAGAAGAACUGGAGCUGCCUGAGUAGGUCUGAUAGGCUCCCCAGCUGAGAGUAAGUGGGUUACGUAGGCAAUAAGCUCUGCUCAACUUCAGCACCUACGGAAAGAUCUGUUCUGGAGGCAGCAGGGGAAAAAGCAAGUUCUCGUAAGUGGAGAAGGAAACGGAUCUCUGCCUUCCCAGGGUGUAUCUAGCUCCUGUUGGCUGGGGAACUCUUAAAUCAGAUUUGCAUCCACGAUGGACUGCUGUAAUGAAGGCGCUUGCACCAAGCUGGAUGAAGACAUCAUGGAUAUUCCCUUGGAUGACCCCAGUGCCAAUGCGGCUGCCGCCAAGAUCCAGGCCAGUUUCCGUGGUCAUAUGACUAGGAAGAAGAUCAAAGGGGGAGAGCGCAAAAACAAGGACCCCGAGUGCACGAGCAGCACUCGCGCGGGGGACCUACGCAAUGGAGAUUAAGUGUGGCUAAGAAGAAAUGGAAUGGCACAGAAGCAUCCAAGCUGGUUUCCCAUUGGUCCUCUCAACAGCACCCUUUCACUUCCAGAAGAACAAUCACCACCCCAUUGAGUCUGAUCA